AUGGACGACUCCAACAACCGAUCCUACCACCCCUCAUAUAAACACCCCAGUCAACCUACCGACGCCUCCGUUGACCUUUCCACCCCAUACACUACCGUCACCUCCAGAGGCAUUAAGAACUACUACCCACCCGUUCCCCUGGAGGACGUCAAUGAUGGUUUCUCUGCGACCGUUGGGCCUCCUCCUUCUCUCCUUCCAACGACUGAUCUGAAUCAGAAUCUCGGUCCCCGCUGUCUGCUUUCAUUCGUGGACCCCAGCCUUCAUAUUCCCCAGCAGAAUGCCAGCAGCUACCACCCAUUCUCGAAGCCACAGGAGCCCGCGUGGGGUACCAUGAUACCCACAUCUCAUUUCCCCGCAAGAAGUCUUUCUAGUUUUGCAUCCGCUACAGCUACGGCGGAUGAUCACUACGGGAAAAGCUCGCUCGGAUCCGAGCCAGAAGAACAUGAGGAUGAUGAUCCUGAUGAAGAGGAAAUGGUGCGUCUUCGUAAAGAACGAACCAACGCAGCCUCUGUUCGAUGGCGCAGAAACAAGAAAAUCAAAGAUGCGCAGCUACGCUCUCGACUUGCUGAUCAGGAAAAGUUGAUCGACGAGCUGAACGACUCCAACUCAAACUUGACGACACAAAAUCUAGAGCUGACUCGAAAGCUGGCACUGGCCGAGAGUGAGCUCAAUGGAUGGCGUUCAGGGUACGCAACUUCCAGACGAGCGCAGGAAGAGGAGGAGUGUACGGGUUGGCGAGGUGGUGCGCGACCUAGGGGCGGUUACGCGGUGGAUCUAGCUAGGGGCGCUAGAUGUCAACCUUGA